AUGGACUUACAAUUAGUGUCGAUAUUAUUGUUAGCCGUAUUGUCGGCUAUAGUGAGCGCCGAUUUCCCGGUCGAUGACUACAAACUGGUGACCAAAUCGCGUGACUUUACGGGCAAAGUAGUAGUGGUGACGGGUUCGUCGUCGGGCAUCGGUGAGGGUAUUGUCCGUCUCUUUUCAUUACUCGGCGCUAACGUUACGGUCAAUGGACUUAAAGCCGAAGGCGUUCACAAACCAUUGGAAGUGACGGCAGAUCUGACCAAAAGCUCGGACUUAAAGCGUGUGAUCGAUGAGACCGUUAAGACUUACGGCAAACUCGAUGUGUUGGUCAACAACGCCGGCAUCCGUACGACUCCCACACAGAUUACACAUUCAAACCUUAUGGCCGAUUGGGACCGACUCUACGCUCUGGACCUCAGGGCUGUCCUCGAGAUGACACACGAGGCGGCGCCGCACCUCUUGAAGACUAAUGGCACUGUUAUUAACAUAUCAGCCAUGGGUGGUAUUGCACCCGCCACUUUUAAUUUGAUCUACGGACCGCUCAAAUCGGCUGUAAAUAUGCUGACCCGAGUGCUUGCCCUACAAUUGGGACCAAUGGGUGUCCGCGUAAACACAGUAAAUCCCGGAGCCACACAAGUGACCGAGAAGUUGGAUCCGCCGGUAAUUUGGGAAAAGACCCGUUCGUUUGUGCCGAUGAAACGGUUGGGUCAGCCCCUGGAUGUGGCCAAAGCCGUGGUAUUUUUGGCCUCAACUGAUGCCCAGUAUAUAACCGGUGCUAAUCUUGUUGUAGACGGAGGGCUCGUCUAUAAUGUGGGCGCUAUGAAUGAAAUACAAUUAGUGUCUAUAUUAUUGUUAGCCGUAUUGUCGGCGAUAGUGAGCGCCGAUUUCCCGGUCGAUGACUACAAACUGGUGCCCAAAUCGCGUGACUUUACGGGCAAAGUAGUAGUGGUGACGGGUUCGUCGUCGGGCAUCGGUGAGGGUAUUGUCCGUCUCUUUUCAUUACUCGGCGCUAACGUUACGGUCAAUGGACUUAAAGCGGAAGGCGUUCACAAAGUGGCCCUCGAGUGCCAACAGUUAUCCCCUUAUAAACUAAAACCAUUAGAAGUGACGGCAGAUCUGACCAAAACAGCGGACGUCAAACGAUUGAUCGAUGAAGUCAUCAAAACUUACGGCAAAAUUGAUGUAUUGGUCAACAACGCCGGCCUUCGGUCGGUAUCGACACUCAUCACACAAUCAAACCUAAUGUCCGAAUGGGACCGACUCUAUGCCAUAGACCUCAGGGCUGUGGUUGAGGUGACACACGAAGCGGUGCCGCACCUCUUGAAAAGCAACGGCACUAUUAUUAACACAGCAUCCAUGGGUGGCAAAGCAGCUAUGAUCACAGAACUAGCGUACGGACCACUCAAAGCAGCUGUAGAUAUGCUGACCCGCGUACUGGCCCUACAGUUGGGACCGUCUGGUGUUAGGGUUAACGCUGUUAAUCCCGGAGCCACACAAGUGCAGGAAAAGUUGGAUCCGCCGGUGGUUUGGGAAAAGACCCGUUCAUUCACACCAUUGAAACGCAUCGGUCAGCCCCUGGAUGUGGCCAAAGCCGUGGCUUUCCUGGCCUCAAGUGAUGCCCAGUUUAUGACCGGCGCUAAUUUGUUUGUUGACGGGGGACUCGUCCACAAUAUGGGGGCAAUGAAUACGAUGUUUGGCGAUAUGGUUGUUGAGUAUUAA